CCCGGGCUCGCUGGGAGUCCGGCGGGGCGCCGCGUCUGCGCCUGCGCGGUCCCGGACCGUGCGCCAGACUUUCCUCCUCGAAUUGAGUAACGGUCGACCUUCCGCCGCUCUGAGGAGCCGACUCCCGGGAAGGGCAGGCGGCCCCGGCAGACAGGACCCUCGUGACUACAUGGGGCCUAUCCGAGUGAUCCGGGGCGUUCUCCCCAUCUCAAGAUCCCUAACGUGGUCAUAUCUGCAAAGACCCCUUUGCCACGUAAGGGACUCCCUGCCCUACCUACCUGCUUACUGGCUCGUCCAGUUCAUCACAGCCACUGCAGAUAACCGAUGGUCACUUCCACCCUCUCCUGUCUGGCGUGUCUCAGGAGAGACUUCACCUCCCGCCAUGAACCUGGACAUCCAGUGUGAGGAGCUGAGCGACAGCCGGUGGACGGAGCUCCUGCCGCUGAUCCAGCAGUACGAGGUGGUCAGGCUGGACGACUGUGGCCUCACGGAGGUGCGGUGCAAGGACAUCAGUUCCGCCCUCCGGGUCAACUCCUCCCUGACCGAGCUCAGCCUCGGCACCAAUGAGCUGGGUGAUGGCGGCGUGCACUUGGUGCUCCAGGGGCUGCAGAGCCCCACCUGCAAGAUCCAGAAGCUCAGCCUCCAGAACUGCUCCCUGACGGAGGCCGGCUGCGGGGCCCUGCCCGGCCUGCUGCGCUCCCUGCCCACCCUGCAGGAGCUGCACCUCAGCAACAACCCGCUGGGGGACGCCGGCCUGCAGCUGCUCUGCGAGGGGCUCCUGGACCCCAAGUGCCAACUGGAGAAGCUGCAGCUGGAGUACUGCAACCUGACUGCCGCCAGCUGCGAGCCCCUGGCUGCCGUGCUCAGGGCCACGCAGAAGCUGAAGGAGCUGGUGCUGAGCAACAAUGACAUCGGCGAGGCGGGCAUCCGGACGCUGUGCCGGGGCCUGGCGGACUCUGCCUGCCAGCUGGAGACGCUCAAGCUGGAGAACUGUGGCCUCACGGCGGCCAACUGUAAGGACCUGUGUGGCAUCCUGGCUGCCCAGGCCUCGCUGAGAGAGCUGGACUUAGGCAGCAACGCGCUGAGUGACGCGGGCGUCACGGACCUGUGUCCCGGGCUGCUGAGCCCCGGCUCCCAGCUCAGGACCCUGUGGCUCUGGGAAUGUGAGGUCACCACCAGCGGCUGCAGAGACCUGUGCCGCGUCCUCAGGGCCAAGGAGACCCUGAAGGAGCUCAGUCUGGCGGGCAACCACCUGGGUGACGAGGGCGCCCAACUGCUGUGUGAGAGCCUGCUGCAGCCCAGCUGCCAGCUGGAGAUGCUGUGGGUGAAGUCCUGCAGCCUCACGGCCGCCUGCUGCCCCCACUUCGGCACCGUGCUGGCCCGGAACAAGCGUCUCCUGGAGCUGCAGCUGAGCAGCAACAAGCUGGGUGACGCGGGCGUCCAGGAGCUCUGCCGGGGCCUGCGCCAGCCCGGCUGCGUGCUGCGCGCGCUCUGGCUGGGGGACUGCGACGUGUCUAACAGCGGCUGUGGCGGGCUCGCGGCGCUCCUGCUGGCUAACCAGAGCCUGCGCGAGCUGGACCUGAGCAACAACUGCAUGGGCGACCCUGGCGUCCUGCAGCUGCUGGGCAGCCUGGAGCAGCCCGGCUGUGCCCUGGAGCAGCUGGUCCUCUACGACAUCUACUGGACGGAAGAGGUGGAGGACCGCCUGAGGGCCCUGGAGAGGAGCAAGCCCAGCCUGAGGGUCAUCUCCUGAGGCGCCGCCGUGCACGGCCCGCCUCCCCUCUCGGGGUGUCCCAGCUUUAACUGAGAGAAACGCUCAAAUCAACUUAUCUCUGCGAGAGAAUUUUAGGCACUUUAUAAUCAUUAAACACUUUUGUGGCAA